UUUUCAUCUAAGAUCUCAAAAAGUUUAUGCGCAAACUAGGGUUAGGGUUUGUGUAGUGAGAGACAAAGAGGAAAACCCAAGAAAAACUCUAGUAUUCCAUGGAGGCGACGGCGACGACGACGACGACAACGACUGAGCAAAAGCAAGUAGCUGGUGGUUCGAAACCGGGGAUGAGGAAGCCGGUGUUCGUAAAGGUGGAUCAGCUGAAGCCAGGGACGACCGGACACACUCUGAUAGUGAAGGUAUUGAGCUCCAACACUGUUUUGCAAAAGAAAGGCCGCAACGCCGCUUCUUCUCAGCCCCUCCACCGUGGUGGUGCUGCUAACACUCGCAUCGCCGAGUGUCUCAUUGGAGACGAAACGGGUACCAUUCUCUUCACCGCCCGUAACGACCAAGUUGACCUGAUGAAACCGGAUACCACUGUCGUUAUUCGCAAUGCAAAGAUUGACAUGUUCAAGGGGUCUAUGAGGCUUGCUGUGGACAAAUGGGGCCGCAUCGAGGUCACUGAGCCGGAAAAUUUUGUGGUUAAAGAGGACAACAAUCUGUCUCUUGUUGAGUAUGAACUGGUUAAUGUUGUUGAAGAAUGACCAGAAUCUUAGUGUUCAGGGUCUUUGAUGUCUGAAGUAAUUGUGAAGUUUGGAAGCCUGAUGAUUUUACUGUCUUUUGUUGCCGUAAGAUGGUAUUGAGGUGCAUUUUCUUUGUGACAGAUGGGUUUGGUAUACACAUCUCACUAGAAUCGGUUAGUUGGUCUAUUAUACACUAUAACAUAUACUAGGACUGGUACAAUGUUAGUUUGUGUAUUUGGUAUGUAAAAGGAACUGUCUUCUUUUUUCCACAUUCAAAAGCUCAUCCAGUUUUUGGACAUGGAAUGGUGACAUAUCCAUGUGAAUGGAAUCUUUGUAUCUCUAGUUUUAGAUUUCAGUCGUUUUUCGAUUCCAAAUGUUCGCCAAGGCUUUGCUCUACUUCUGGGUUUGUUCAUCCCCACUGAGGUGUGGUUUUAUAAGAGAUUUGAUGUCAGCUCGUUAUCAGUCGCAAUUCCUAACGUUAACCUUUUUAGUUUAUUAUAAUUAAACACUGACGUUUUUAUGGUUUGA